UCAAUAACUCGAGAUUACUAAAACCACAUCCCCUGUUAUUCACUAUCUCAAAGUUUUGCGAGAUUAUUUUUCCAACCGGCCAAAGAAACGUGAUACUCCACAAAUUGUUGCAUCCAAAUACAACAAAUGUGUUCCGAGUGAGACUUGUCAUCCAAACCCAUGCUCUAUCAAACCCUGUAUACAACACAACGUUUACCAUAAACCAAUAAGUAUAUUAGGAAACAAAGACUAUUUUGCCGUAUGUGUCAUUGGCCAUGGAAUCAGAUGAACCUGACACCUAGACACGGCUAGUUGAAAUCCGUACCGAGUCAAACAUAGUGCCUCACUCACUGCAUUUUGCCCUGUCAAAUUACACCAAGACCUAUCCCACUACUAGUCUGCAGCUAGGGAGUCACCGUGUAGUUCCCUCCCAAUGGCUCAACUACAGAGUCCUGGAAGCGAUUCUGAUGGCACCUACCAAGUUCACAACCAAAGCAUUCUAGUUCCUGCAAACCUUAUUUUCGAAAAGAAAGAGCAUUCAUGGUUUGCCUCUUCUCAAAUCCCAACAGAUCUAUCAAUACAAGUUCAAGACAUAACCUUUCAUGUUCACAAGUUUCCCUUGGUUUCAAGAUGUGGCUACCUAUCCGAAGUCAAUCUGCAGCCAACGAAAUCAAACCCAGGAUAUGAUCUCAAGUUUGAAAAGUUCCCAGGUGGAUUGGAAACAUUCGAAACUGUUGUCAAAUUCUGUUACGGUCUCCCCAUAAGCCUAAACCCUAACAACGUAGCAGCACUGAGAUGUGCGUCGGAGCUUCUGGAGAUGACUGAAGCACUCGAAGGUGGAAACCUAAUCUCCAAGACGGAUGCUUUCCUCACUUUUGUGGUCCUUUCCUCAUGGAGAGACUCCAUAACAGUUCUCAAAACUUGUGAAUCUCUCUCUCCAUGGGCCGAAAACCUCCAAAUCGUAAGGAGGUGUUGCGACUCAAUUGCUUGGAAAGUUUCCCAAGUAAAUCCAACAACCAGAGAUAUGACUUCAACCGAAGAUAGCUGGUGGUUCCAAGACACAUCUACCCUCCGCAUUGAUCAUUUUGUGAGAAUUAUAACAGCCUCAAGGGCUAAAGGGUUGAAACCAGAAAUUGUUGGUUCUUGUAUAAUGUAUUAUGCGGGGAAAUGGUUGCCGGGCAUGGAUGCAGAAAUGGAAAGACUAAGAAGAUACAGCUAUAGCAAAACCGAAAUGCAGUUAGAAAUCCUGAGCGGCAGGACCCAAGAAGCGCAAGUUGCGCACAAUAAGGAGCAGAGAAUGAUUGUAGAGAACCUAGUGAGCAUUUUACCUCCUCAGAAAGAAACUGUUUCGUGCAAGUUCUUAUUGGGAAUGCUAAAGGUGGCUCUGUUUUAUUCUGCAUCAUCGGCUUUGGUUUCAGAACUGGAGAAAAGAAUUGGGAUGGUUCUGGAAAAUGCCGAGGUAAAUGAUCUUCUGGUUCCUAGUUGCACAAUUGGCGAUCAAGGGAAGGCAUUGAGUUCACCAGAUGAAUGCACAAUGCACAACAUAAACGUGGUUCAAAGGAUUCUGGAAUACUUCCUGAUGCAUGAACAACAACAGCAACAGAAGUCAGGAAAGUUGAUCAGCAAAAUUUUAGACAGAUACCUAGCUGAGGUCGCAAGAGACCCCAAUCUACAGGUCACCAAAUUUCAAGUCCUAGCUGAAACAUUGCCAGAGAAUGCUCGAACGUGCCAUGACGGUAUCUACAGAGCCAUUGAUACCUACCUCAAGUCACAUCCUUCUUUGUCAGAAUACGAGAGAAGAAGACUAUGCAAAAUAAUGGACUGUGAGAAACUGUCACUUGACGCAUGCAUGCAUGCUGCACAAAAUGAUCGUUUACCACUAAGAACAGUCAUGCAGGUCUUGUUAUCGGAGCAAGUAAAGAUGAGAGAAGCAAUGCAAGGGAAGGAGCAAACAGCAAGCAGAAACCAUUCAGACCAGGAAGAAAGCUGGUCGUCUAAAAAGGAGAUAACUAUCCUCAAAGAAGAACUUGAGAAAGUAAAAGCAGAGCUGCAAGAGCUGCGGAGAGACUAUGCUGAACUACAUAAUGAAUACGAGAAGCUAACCAACAAGCAAAGAAAUUUCUCAGGUUGGACCUUCGGCUGGAAAAAAAUCAGGAACUCCAGUUUCUUUAACAAAACGGAUGGGGAUGAAACUCAAGGGGAACAGCAGAGAUCCAAAUCCAGUCACCAAAGAGUCAGCCUCCGGUGAAGACUAUCUCUCUCCUAGGAAUUCUGAAAAUAAUAAUCCCGCACUAUAAUUCCAAAUGAUUAGACAAAAUCAUCUACAUCUUCCUCCCAUUAUUGGUUUGUUUUACAUAUAGGAAACAAAGUGAACAAAAACUUUCUAUUCAGUCUAUUUAUGUACUUGAUACAAGAUCUCAGUCCAUUUAUAUGCUGUCCUCACUUGUUCAAUGAUGUAAAAGAGACCCAAGCUUUCCGAU